UCUCUUCUCGAAGUUUCUGCUUCGCACCGGUUUACCCACAGUGCACCGCGCCGCUUCCUUUCUUCUCGGUUGUGUGGUGGUCCAAAAUGUCGCUAUUAGACGGUCCGUUAAAUGUGCUCGGCCAGAGGACUACUGGCCAGUCUGUCCGCACUCAAAAUGUCAUGGCCGCAGCAUCCAUCGCCAACAUCGUAAAGAGCUCCCUGGGACCCGUUGGUCUCGACAAAAUGUUGGUGGACGAUAUUGGGGACGUGACCAUCACCAACGACGGAGCAACCAUCCUGAAGCUGCUGGAAGUGGAGCACCCAGCUGCCAAGGUCCUGUGUGAGCUGGCUGACCUGCAGGACAAGGAGGUCGGAGAUGGGACGACGUCUGUGGUAAUUCUUGCUGCAGAGUUGCUAAAGAGUGCAGAUGAGCUGGUGAAGCAGAAGAUUCAUCCGACGUCAGUCAUCAGUGGAUAUCGCCUGGCUUGCAAAGAAGCAGUGCGCUACAUUAAUGAGAAUCUCACCAUUGGGACAGAUGACCUGGGCAGAGAAUGUCUAAUCAAUGCAGCCAAGACAUCCAUGUCUUCCAAAAUCAUUGGAGUUGACGCAGACUUCUUUGCGAACAUGGUGGUGGAUGCUGCCUUGGCCGUGAAGUUUGUGGAUGGCAAAGGAGUUGCCAAAUAUCCCAUCAACUCUGUUAACGUGCUGAAAGCCCACGGACGCAGCCAGAAGGAGAGUUUCUUGGUUAAUGGAUACGCACUGAACUGCACAGUUGGUUCACAAGGCAUGGUGAAGCGCGUCGUUAAUGCCAAGAUCGCCUGUCUGGACUUCAGCCUGCAGAAGACAAAAAUGAAGAUGGGAGUCCAAGUGAUUAUCAGCGACCCAGAGAAGCUCGACCAGAUCAGACAAAGGGAAUCUGAUAUCACCAAGGAAAGGAUCCAGAAGAUUUUGGCAGCAGGCGCCAAUGUUGUCCUGACCACCGGUGGCAUAGAUGAUAUGUGCCUGAAGUAUUUUGUGGAUGUUGGAGCCAUGGCAGUUAGAAGGGUUCUCAAGAGGGACCUCAAACGCAUCGCCAAGGCUACAGGAGCCACCAUCUGCCCUUCUCUGACCAACCUGGAAGGGGAGGAGACAUUUGAAGCCACCAUGCUCGGCCAAGCUGAGGAGGUUGUGCAAGAGCGAGUCUGUGACGAUGAGCUCAUCCUUGUCAAGAAUACCAAAGCACGCACAUCAGCCUCCAUCAUUUUGCGUGGAGCUAACGACUUCAUGUGUGAUGAGAUGGAGCGUUCGCUGCACGAUGCUCUCUGUGUGGUCAAGAGGGUCCUGGAGUCCAAGUCUGUAGUCCCAGGAGGAGGUGCUGUGGAGGCAGCACUUUCAAUUUACCUGGAAAACUAUGCUACCAGCAUGGGCUCCAGGGAGCAGCUGGCCAUUGCUGAGUUUGCUCGGUCUCUUCUCGUCAUCCCCAAGACGCUGGCUGUGAACGCAGCACAGGACUCCACUGACCUGGUGGCCAAGCUUCGGGCCUUCCACAAUGAGGCUCAGGUGAACCCUGAACGCAAGAAUCUCAAAUGGAUUGGUCUGGACUUGGUGAACGGCAAACCCAGAGACAACCGUCAGGCUGGCGUGUACGAACCCACCAUGGUUAAGACAAAGAGCCUCAAGUUUGCCACUGAGGCUGCCAUCACCAUCCUCCGCAUAGACGACCUCAUCAAACUGUUCCCAGAGCCAAAGGAAGGUGGGCAUUCAUACCAGGACGCCGUGGCAUCGGGAUCUCUGGAGGGUUAAAAGGUUCCGAUAAUUCACAAUAGGUUCAACGUCUGUAUUUAUACAUAAGGAGCUCUUCAUGGCUGUCGCUCUAGUUUAGGCCGUGCACUUUGCCUGUUUACUGUUCUCCCACUCCCUCUCGCCUCCAGAGGAACCGUAAGUGAUUGUUUUUUUUGGACACUUAAUAAAGCUCCAAUGGUUGUAAAUGACCGUUGAUUUGGUAAUUCAAA